AUGGUGAGCAGGUCCAGCCAACACUACUGUGGGGACCAACAGAGGAACAGAGUUAUUGCUGCUGCAGCCUCAAGGAUGCUGACCCUCUGUGGGCAAGUAAAUGGCAGUGAUAUGCAGUGGGUGAUAUUGCUAAAACACUUUGCCGUUCCAAAGGCCCUGCAAGAGGAUCUUAAGAGGAGUCUUGAUUCCUUGAAGUCAGAGGUCCAGUACAAGAGACAUGGACACCAGUACAUCGUCAGCAAGAUGCAGACCCACUCGGUGCAGAGGUCAAACUAUGUGGACGACCAUGAGUACUACCAGAAUCGAUCCAAGUCUGGUUUCCGUGCCCUCUCCAAGAAGUAGCUAGAAUAGAGAGAGACCAAGCAAUAGUUAGCAACUUUUUAAUAUACCAGUUCAACAUUGAUGUUUGAUGUACUUAUGCGCGCUUUGAUGCUCUCUACACGAAGAAAAUAAUUUUGUGAAAAUAUCGAUACCAAUUAGCUAUUA